UUCAGAUUAGUUGCCAGGGAAGGAUGUGACAGAUCAAGAUGGACAAUGUCACGGACUGGGGAGAUGCAGGUUUUGAAAAUGUCACCAAGUCUGUGACCAGAGCUUUGCCGUAUGACCUCCUCAACCACCGUCUCUACAGGGGCCAGGAGACCCCCCCUUGGGACGCAGUGCGUCUACAACUCAGAUGGUUCUUUCUUCUUCAUGCAUACGGAUUUGCAUGCUCGUUUUUUAUCUUAGCCUUUUAUGCCUUUUUCUCAAUACUUAAUAUUAGGUCCCUAAUCACAAGCCGGCCAUUUAUGUCUACCAUCAACGUUUUCCUUUGCCUCCUGGGAGCUUCUAGGGCAGGAUCUCUCUUCAUUGAUCCAUACAACCUAAAAGAGACGUUACCUGUGUACUUUGGCUCCGUAAUCUGGGACAUAGGUUUUCCUAGCAUCAUGUCUGCAUUUACACUGGUCCAGUUGGCAUUUCUGCAUUUAACACAGCUCAAGCUGGGUCCAGAGAAGAUGCGGAACAAGUCCUGCUUGUCCCUAGUGAUCACAGCUCAUUUCACAUGUGUUGUGGGUUUUGAUGUUAUUCUCGCCAUCUACCACAGCUUCCAUUUUGUACAGGUGAUGAGAGUGGUGUUAGAGACUACAUUCCUGGUGUGGGGAGUGUUCCUGUGCUGCACCUUCCUCUACGCUGGCUACCGGGUGAUGGCGCUGCUUAGGAAUAUGUCAGGCAUACUGCUGAUGCAGCGAGAUCAUACGGCCAGCCAGUACAAAGGAAUCAUGCAGCUCGCCAUGCUGGCGCCGUACAAUAACCUGGCUACAUCUGUGGCUGCGGCGCUUGUCCCAACUCUACUGGCGCCCAAGAUGAAUCUUCUUGGUGGAAACAAGACAUCCACUCUUGCCCCAAACCUAGAUGGACCUUUACCACCUCAACCAAAGCCACCUCUGUCCCCACGCUCAUUGUCAAAGCCUUCCACAUCCAGUAUGGAUGAGAGUACAAAUACCACAAAAUCAAUAUACUCACGGCUGCCAGACAGUAGUCCAGGCACUAGUCGGCAGAACAGUGUGCUCAAGAUGGCCAAGAGCCAGUCACUGGAGGCAGAGGGAGUGACUCCUGAAGUGGUCAAGCUGAAGAAGAACCUCAGCUGGAGAGCAGACGACAGUGUCGCUGCUGAAGUUCUCAGCAAGUCAAAAAUUAGUUUCAAAAGGAAAAAGGCAUCUGAAGACGAAUCUGAAAGUCAGAUUACAGCUGAAACUACAUUACUACCUCAGGGAGAGGUGGAUGCUGGAGUGCCUGACUUGACGCUUCACACCAUCUUGAACCACAUUGCUUACGUGAACCGGGCAGCGGCUCACAGUGACUCUGGAUUGGCCCCCACACCCGCCCAUCCUACUCCUGCGUCUCGUAAGAAACAGGUGAAGACAGUCCUGCACGUCACGUACGCCACCGCCAUCAUGGGGCUGCUACUGUGCCUCUUCAACCUCUUCCAACUCUAUGGACCAUAUGGACUGGCAAAAUCACACGAGAUUCAGCCAUGGCCGUGGUUCUGUUUCCAAACUUUGUGUCGAGCUGUUGAGCUAGCGAUGGGUUGCGCGAUGGCCAACAUCACUAAACAGCCCGUCACACAUAGACAUCAGUACCUUCAACAUCACUACUCACACUCCAUACGCAUUAAGCAGAGAGAGUCCCUUUUCAUGUAGACCCUCAAUCUCAAGUUGUUGUCUUUAUUGUUCCUCGUUAUGGUUCUCAAGUGGAGUCAUAGAGAAAUCUUAGGAUUUUCAGACAAAGUUGAUCAAAAUUGAGUCACAUAGAUUCUUGUAACCGGCAUCACUAUUUUGUAAUUGGGACUAAUCAAUCAGCCAGAGUCCCCCAGAACUAGACACAAUGUGAGUUGCAGCCAUUUAAAAUAAUAUCAUACUUAAAUUGAUCCACCGACCAAGUCCGCAGCGUAAAUCACCAAUUUCUGUAGACAUCAAAUUUUACACCAGACUAAAUUGAAGGGACAACCUAUUGCAGAAUCUUUGAUGCCACUAAUGACGUAAGUGAAACUAAGUGGUAGUUAUAAUUUUAGAAUGUAUAGUAUGCACUUUUAGAUGUUCUUUAUUUGUACUAAAAAAACCUACCUCCAUAUAGAUGGGAUAUCUACUUCAGUAUCCCUAAAUCAAUAGUUGUAUCUAAGAUUAUAAAAAAAAUAUAUAACAAAAAAACCUUUACUUGUCUUUUUAUCAGUAAUUAUGAUGGUUUAAUUGGAUAUGUUUUGUCAAUUUAUUGUCAAUGGAUUACCUUUGAAUUUCACAGCCCAAAGACCUGAUUUCACAAGAGUCUUGGACAACAACAACAAAGAUAAUUACUAAUUAGCUAAUAAAUAAAUCAAUCAAUUGUUGUAUUUUAAAUUUAAAAAAAUGUCUAUGUAAGUAUACCAGACACAGUAAUUCUAUGACUUCACUACGAUAUAAGAUUUAUUGG